AAUAUGUGGAACCAGCAGUGCGCUGUAGUAUUUUCAAGCGGGGGAUAUUUCGCUGCUACACGCGAUGUUUGUUGUUUUCCUUGAAUCGGUCCGAAGUUGCAAUGUCGUAAACACCUAUGAACCAAAAUUUAAGCGAUAAGAAAAACGUUUUAUACUAGUCAGUUAGCUAUAACAUUUUUCUGUCUGCCCGAAGUUCUGUAAAACAUGCUGUCAAAUCUGUGACGUAUGGAAAUUUGCGGAACACCACAAGAUAACAUUGAGGAAGUAGCUAGCUAGAUUGCUAGCUAAUCGGACAGCUGUGUAAGAAUAACGUUAGAUAGCUGUUUAUGUAGCUGCUGUUUAAUAAUCGAUUUAAUUCGUUUUUAAUUAUGGACCAAGCAGUCAGUGUCAAUGCAGACCCAGAUAUGCCAUCUGACAGUGAAGGUCGUAGCUCGCGCUGGAGAAAUUGGACUGGUUUUUGGUUGCUGGGGUUGUGCAAUAACUUUGCGUACGUGGUGAUGCUGAGUGCAGCCCAUGACAUCUUAAAACAACAAGGGUCUCACAACUCCACAACGCCUACCCCAUCCACAGUUGCCUUGGACGUUGAAGGUGGAAAAAGAAGUCGUUACGACUGCAGCCCUGUUUCUACCGCGGCUGUUUUGUUGGCUGAUAUUCUUCCCACUCUCAUGAUCAAGUUUUCUGCUCCAUUCUUCAUCCACAAUCUCCCUUAUGGUUUCAGAGUGUUGGUAUGCGUUGCAACAGCGAUUGCAAGCUUCCUUGUGGUGUCCUUAUCUUCUACCAUGUGGAUAAGCGUUUUGGGUGUGAUCUUUGCCAGUGUGAGCGCUGGACUGGGAGAGCUCUCCUUCCUCUCUCUCACUGUCUUCUUUAGCAGAGAUGUGUUGGGGGGCUGGGGCUCGGGCACCGGUGGAGCAGGUGUGGCCGGGGCUCUGCUGUACUCUGGUCUCACGCAGGCUGGCCUCUCGCCCAGGAACACGCUGCUCAUCAUGUUGGUCAUCCCUGUAGCUAUGGUGUUCAGCUAUUUUUUCCUGCUAGUCUUCCCCCCAUCCUUCCCACAGUGGAAGUGCAGGGAGGUGGAGUCUGUGAGGGGCAGAGACUCACAGAGCAGGCAGCCCCUAUUGAAUGACACUGAUGAAGAGGAGGAGCGGGAGAAAGGUGCUGAAGAAGACAAGGUCACUGGACCACUGACAUGUAUUGAGAAACUACACAUCACUAAAGGUCUGCUGAGGUUUGUGGUUCCGUUAGGAGUUGUCUACUUCGCGGAGUACUUCAUCAACCAGGGCCUGUUGGAACUCCUAUAUUUCCAAAACUUCUAUCUCUCCCAUGCAGAGCAGUAUCGCUGGUACCAGACACUGUACCAGGUGGGGGUGUUGGUCUCGCGAUCCUCUCUCUGCUGUGUGAAGUUCAGGAGAAUCUGGGCUCUCUCUCUGCUUCAGUGUGUGAACGCGGUGUUGCUCUGUCUCCCUCAGUGUGUGAACGCGGUGUUGCUGUUAUUGUCGGUGUACUACCAGUUCCUGCCCAGUGCAUGGCUGGUGUUUGUGAUAGUCCUCUACGAGGGGUUGCUGGGAGGAGCUGCAUACGUCAACACAUUCUACUUCAUCAGCAAGGAGACUGGAGACAGACAGAGGGAGUUUGCCAUGGUGGCAGCCAGUGUAGGAGACAGUCUGGGCAUCGCCAUCUCCGGCCUCAUAGCUUUCCCAGUCCACAGAUACUUCUGCUCACUAUGAGAGAUAGUAGAGGGAGAAAGACUGGUGGGAAGUGCAAAAGAGGUAGUCAUGUUUUGAAGUGCUUGGUAUUUCCUUGGAGGUCUGAAGAAGAGACUCUCUGCAGCUGGGGUGGAUGGAAAUUGCUGAUAAUUAUUGUUAUGCUUAAAUUAGAGGUCUGUUCAGACAUCUUCCUGCACCUUAGCAACCUUGCUGGGUGUGUGGUAGAUUUCUCCAUUUACUUAGAAAUCACAUUGUUACGACUGGUACAAGUUUCAUAUCACUAGCCAACUAACUUUAAUAUUUUUGCCAUCACCAAGGACAUUUGUCAAUGUGCCUUUGAUAAUUAUCAGGAUUGUAUGUUUUAAUAUAUUUAUCUUUUCACUACAUUCCAAUGUCUAGUAUCCUGCUAAUAUUUUUUUUUAAAUGUAACCACUAACUUUUUCUUUGCUGCUAUUGUUGAGUUAUUGUUAUAAAAUUGUGAAUGCUCUAACUUAGCUCUACUUACAGUGUUUACAUGUGGUGGGCUUGUAUGAUCAAUGUUCAACUUUUGAAAAAUGACCUGAGAUUCUACAAGUGAUUAAAAAAAAGACGAUUUUGAA